AUGGAUCGCGUACCUGAUCAUAUUAUAAAAACGAUCUUUGAAUAUUUAUCGGAUAACGAUCGUCUUUCGUUUGCAUUUGCUUCAUCUCGAUGGUUAAACCUGGCAAAUCAGUCGAAAGUUUUAUCAAAAAUAAUAGAACUUCCGAUUGAAAUUUCUCCCAUUCCGCCGAAACCUUUAUUAUAUUUUCGAAACGCUUCUGUCGCAAUUGUAUCAGUUUAUUCGAAUUGGCCUCGUCCUUAUAUCCACUCACAGUUAAAAAACAUUGGCUAUUCAAAUAUGAUUAACGUUGAAGAUUGUGUUACCAAUUAUAUCCUUCGUGAUGCACCUGUCUCUCUUCGUAUUUUUCGACUCACUGGUUUAAAUUUAUCACGAAUACGUCCGUGGACGAUCGCUCUUCUCGCUAAAUUCAAGAAUAUUGAACAAUUUAUUUUCGCUGAUAUCAUUUUACCUAGCGAUUUCGAACCUUCAUUUCUUCGAGCUUGCCAGCUAUCUUUUCAGACAUUAUCAAUAAUCUCAAUUAUAACCGAUAAAUUUGCAAGAGUAAUUGCCAAAAAUUGCUGUAUGUUGCAAUCUUUCGAUGUCAGAAGGUGUCGGAAUGUUACAGCCCUAUCAGUAGUCGCAUUUUUGGAACAUGCACAUCGCCGAAACAUUGAUAUGAUACAACUACAUGUUUCAUUUACUGCUUUUGAUUUUAAUACACAGGUAACGAAAUGUGUAUUAGCUCUUGUGGUUGGCGCCGAAGAACCUAACCAGCGAAGGCAGCGCUCUGUGAUAGUAUUAAUGCAGGAAGUAUAUGAGCGAAGAUUGAUGAAGGAAUCCGUAAAAUGUGCCUUAGGUAUGGUUGGUGAAAGGUAA